AUGGAGCCAUUUCUCAAGAAAUUCUUCCCAGAAGUGUACACUAAAAUGAAAGAAGACACCAAAACCAGCAACUACUGCAAAUUUGAUAGCCAACUUUUGACAACAUUUACAUCCUCACUCUGUAUAGCUGGCCUUGUAGCUUCCUUCUUUGCCUCUUCAGUCACCAGAGCAUUCGGCCGAAAGCCUUCAAUCCUUGUAGCUGGUGCCUCAUUCCUUGCUGGUUUGGCCCUAGGCAGUGCAGCUACUAAUAUCGUCAUGCUAAUAUCUGGUCGCAUCUUGCUUGGUUUUGGGGUUGGCUUUGCAAACCAGGAAGUUGAAGUUUCACCCCAAAACCAAUUGGCAAUGGGGAAAGUAGCACAACACCUUCUAAUGUCUUGCAAGUCAGUCCCACUUUAUCUCUCAGAAAUGGCACUACCUAGACACAGAGGAGCUUUCAACAUUGGCUUCCAAUUAUGUGUUGGCAUUGGAGUAUUAUCAGCUAACCUCAUCAACUUUGGCACCGAAAAGAUCACGGGCGGCUCUGGCUGGCGAAUCUCCCUAUCCUUGGCAGCAGUCCCAGCUUCAAUACUAACUUUAGGUGCUCUUUUCCUGCCAGAAACACCCAACAGCUUUAUCCAAAGCACCAACGACCACCAAAAAGCCAAGUCAAUGCUACAACGAACACGAGGAUGCGAAGAUGUCCAAGCAGAACUGGAUGAUCUCAUCAAAGCAAGUGAAAAUUUAAAAACCAUCAAAUACCCUUUUAAGAAAUUGAUGCAAAGAAAAUAUAGGCCUCAACUUGUUAUGGCAAUUGCCAUGCCAUUCUUUACACAAGUGAUUGGGAUCAAUGUUUUCUCAUUUUAUGCCCCGAUACUUUUUAGAACACUAGGUUUAAGUGAAAGCAUGUCACUCUUGUCAGCUGUGAUGAGCACGGGCGCUGCGGGUACCAGCGCGACGUUUAUAUCAAUGCUUAUGGUGGACAAACUAGGCAGAAGAGCUCUGUUUGCAAUAGGGGGAAUUCAAAUGUUUGUGUCACAAGUUAUAGUAGGGAGCAUAAUGGCAGCUGAGCUAGGUGACAUUGGUGGAAUGAACAAAGGGUAUGCAUAUUUGGUGUUGAUCUUUGUGUGUGUGUAUGUAGCUGCGUUUGCUUGGUCAUGGGGCCCACUAGGGUGGCUGAUCCCAAGUGAGAUUUUCCCAUUGGAGAUAAGAUCAGCUGGGCAAAGUGUUACAGUGGCAGUAAACUUUGUGUCGACUUUUGUUAUUGCUCAAUCAUUUCUGUCCAUGCUUUGUCACUUCAAGUCUGGGAUUUUCUUCUUUUUUGGAGGUUGGGUUAUGGUGAUGACUGGUUUUGUGUACCUCUUGUUGCCUGAGACUGCAAAUAUUCCUAUUGAGAAGAUGGAUAGGGUGUGGAGAGAGCAUUGGUUUUGGAACAGAUUUGUGCGAUAA